GUCUGCGUUCGGAACUGCGGGAAGGCCUGCGCGUGCUCAGUAAAGGAGCGCAGCCGGCCCUCGUUGAAAUGCGCAUGUGCAAGAGGAAGGGCCAGCGUUUUGAUUGAGACACGUUGGGGUCGACUGAACGGACGGAUUAAAGGGGUGCAGCGUUGUGCAUUAUGGCUGUCGGCACAGGAACGUCCUUGGUUCUUUCCUCGCUGCUCUCUCUCCUGCUCUUCACCGGCAUGCAGAUGUACAGUCGCCAGCUCGCCUCCAGCGAAUGGCUGACUAUCCAAGGGGGACUGCUGGGCUCCGCCCUCUUCAUCUUCUCUCUUACAGCCUUCAACAACCUGGAAAGUUUGAUUUUUGGCAAAGGAUUCCAGUCCAAGAUCUUUCCAGAAAUUAUCAGCUGCCUCUUGCUGGCCCUGUUCGCGGCAGGAUUGAUUCACCGCGUCUGCGUCACCACCUGCUUCAUCUUCUCCAUGGUGGGCCUCUAUUACAUCAACAAGAUCUCCUCCACGCUGUACCAGUCGGCCACGCCGAUGCCCGCUCCUGCCAAGGCUGUCAGCAAAAGCAGGAAGAGAAAUUGAUGCCGGAGAGGGGGCGGUUGUCCUUGCUUCUUAGAUCUGGGGGGAAAGGGAGGAUUCUGCUCAGCACAGUCGGAUUGUCAAAUAAAAACUUUUUUAACAAA